AUUGUAUUUUUAUUUCUAUGGGCAGUUUUGAGGUUUUGCUAAACUAGUAAUUCAUAAAGGAAAACAGACAUUUUGACAUACUUUUUUUUUUUUUUCCUCCUUACACAGACAAAAGAAGUUGGUUUGCUUGAUGCAGACAUAUAUGGACCUUCAAUUCCAAAGAUGAUGAACCUAAAAGGAAACCCAGAAUUAACAUCAAAAAAUCUAAUGAGGCCCCUUAAGAACUAUGGAAUCGCAUGCAUGUCUAUGGGUUUCUUAAUAGAAGAGACCGCCCCGGUUGUUUGGAGAGGGCUCAUGGUAAUGUCAGCUGUUGAGAAAUUGUUGAGACAGGUUGACUGGGGUCAGCUGGACUAUUUAGUAAUUGACAUGCCACCUGGGACUGGAGACGUACAGCUGUCAGUCUCACAGAAUAUUCCAGUUGCAGGCGCUGUGAUCAUCUCCACUCCACAAGACGUGGCUUUAUUGGAUGCACGCAAAGGAGCUGAAAUGUUUAGAAAAGUCCAUGUACCUGUUUUAGGACUGGUUCAAAAUAUGAGUGUUUUCCAGUGUCCCAAAUGUAAGCAUGAAACACACAUUUUUGGAGCUGAUGGUGUAAGAGAUCUAGCAAAAACCCUUGGAUUGGAUGUUUUAGGAGACAUUCCACUGCAUGUUAAUAUACGGGAGACGUGUGAUUCAGGACAGCCUGUUGUGAUCUCGCAGCCUCAAAGUGAUGCUGCUAAAGCCUAUCUAAAGAUAGCUAUGGAAAUAGUAAGACGACUGCCAGUACCUCCUACUUGA